AGCAGCAGGAGGAGGCGGGCGCGCGAGAGAGAAAGCGAGCGACACAGGUGCCAGGGGGGCGGCGUUUGUGAGGAGGCCCCAGGUGCAACCUGAGACGUCGGGCGCGGCCGGCCGAGAGGGGGCUUGGUCUACCUGCGGAACCUGCUGAGCAGCUUGAGAGCCUUCGCGAGGGGAGAAAGGGCGCCGCGGAGCCUCGAGGAGAAGGCGCGUCGAAGCAGCGCUCCUCUUUAUUACUGUUUUUUUUUUUUAAUUUUACUAUUUUGCCUCCUUUGCCUACCUGUUCCUUCAACUUACUUGCCCGGCGAUGGAGCUGCCCCGCGGGACCGUCUACCUGGCGCUGGCGAUGCUAGCGCUCGCCGCCACCGUAAACGGCGGUACCGAUUGCGUAUGUCUGAACAACAAGCAUGCAGGAAACUGUACUUCAGUUGGCAGUACAUGCAGAUGCACAACUUAUGGGUCCAAUGUCACAGUGGUCUGUGAAACAUUGUCUUCAAAAUGCCUGCUGAUGAAAGCAGAAAUAAACCGCAACAAGAGUGGCAAAAGUAACAGACCACAACAUGCUAUUAGAGACAAUGAUGGCAUAUAUGAUCCAGAAUGUGAUGACAAUGGUAACUUCAAAGCUAAGCAGUGCAAUGGUACAAGCACUUGCUGGUGUGUGAACUCAGCUGGAAUACGAAGAACUGACAAGGGGGAUAAAGACAUUAAAUGCGAUGAAGUAGUAAGGACAAGCUGGAUUUCAAUGGAAAUGAAGCACUCUGAGACAGGAAAUGAUUUGGACAAACCUACCCUUGAGAGUGAUAUCAGAGAUGAACUUUCUCAGCGUUACAAAUUGAAUAAAAAUCACAUAACUGCUACGUAUGAAAAGCCUUUCGUUUUUAUCGAACUGAAGCAAAACGCUACAGAGAAAUCUGCCACAGAUGUAGAUAUAGUUGAUGUGGCGUACUAUUUUGAAAAAGAUAUCAAAGGGGACUCUCUGAUUCUAGGACCAGGUCUUACCCUUGACAGUUCAUCAGGAUCUCUUCAAUCUAAUGAUGUUAUAAUCUACUACAUUGAUGACAAGCCACCAGAGUUCACAAUGCAACGUUUGACUCCUGGUAUUAUUGCUGUAAUUGUGAUUAUAAUACUGGCAAUAGUUGCUGGUAUUCUUGUACUGGUCUUCACUAGUAGAAAGAAGGGGAAAUAUGAAAAAGCUGAGGUAAAGGAAAUGAACGAAAUGCACAGAGAACUAAACUCAUAACUGCUGUAACAUGAAAUAAGGAUAAACA